AUGGAGCUUCUACUCGUCAUUCCAUGGCUUCUAUUCUUGACCAGUUGUCAACUGUUAUCCAGUAUGGAAGCAGCAACACAAACUACUGGUAAUCCAGUCUUUCCAUACCCAUUUAUAACCUUAGACGCAGAGAAAGCAGCUGCAAGAAAAUACGAUUAUAUUAUCGUUGGAGGAGGUACAGCUGGGUGUCCUCUCGCUGCAACUCUCUCACAGAGGCAUACGGUUUUGGUACUGGAGAGAGGAGGGUCUCCUUACGGAAACCCUGAGAUUGAGAAUGGCGAUAAUUUUGGGAAUCCGUUGAAUGAAACAGAUAAGUACACUUCAAUAGCUCAGGAAGUUUUAACCGAGGAUGGACUGAAGUUGGCCAGAGCCAGAGUUUUGGGAGGCGGAACUGCCAUUAAUGCUGGGUUUUAUAGCAGAGCAAGCUUGGGAUUUAUUCAACGCAUGGGAUGGGAUGAGAAACUGGUAAAUGAAUCGUUUCUGUGGGUGGAAAAAGUGAAUGCCUUCAAACCAGAUCACCUUUCUCGCUGGUCUACGGCUCUGAAAGAUGCACUUCUGGAGGUGGGAGUGCUUCCUUACAAUGGGUAUACUGUGGAUCAUGUGGAGGGCACCAAGAUCAGUGCUUCCACUUUUGAUAACCAUGGCAAGAGACAUACGGCUGCAGAUCUACUCAAGUGUGCAAAUCCUCAUAAUAUUGUUGUUCUACUCAAUGCUACUGCCUCGAGAAUUCUCUUCAGCUCAUCAUCAGGAGUGUUGAAGGCUCAUGGUGUAGAAUUCAUAAAUUCAUUUAAUACUAAUAAGUCUUAUCAAGUAUUAAUUAAUGAAUCAUCACAUUAUAGUGAAGUAAUUUUGUCAGCUGGAAGUAUGGGAAGUCCUCAACUUUUGCUUUUAAGUGGAAUAGGCCCCUACAAAAAUCUUAAAAAGCUAAAUAUAUCUGUUGUAAAACAUGUGCCUUUAGUUGGACAAGGGGUCCAGGAUAAUCCCCGUGCAACAAUAGCAGUACAAUCCCCUAUACCAUUGAAUACUUCUAGCAUUCAAUCAGUAGGCAUUUUGAACAAUUCUGAGCUAUACAUAUUCUCCAGUAGCUUUGUCCAGCAAGCUUCGUCAAAUGGUUCCAAAUCCACAAACAUGUAUGGUGGGGUAAUUUUUGAGAAAUUAGCUUAUCCUUUAUCAAGAGGAAAUCUAAGUCUAAUUAGUAGAGAUCCUAGAGACAAUCCUUCUGUUCGCUAUAACUAUUAUUCCAAUCCUAAAGAUCUCCAGAAAUGUGUUCGAGGGGUCAAGAUAAUAGCUCGCAUUUGUGAAACAAAUUCCAUACAAAAAUUUGCCUAUAAGGAUAAGUCCAACGAUAGCAGGAGGCUGCAUUUCAUUGGACCAGCUUUGCCUAAUAUCAAGGAUGAGGUGGCCAUAGCCAAGUUUUGUAGGGAAAAUCUCAAUACCAUGUGGCAUUUUCAUGGAGGAUGUGAUAUUGGUUCUGUGAUUGAUAAAAAGUAUAAGGUUAAAGGUGUUGAUGCAUUAAGGGUUGUUGAUGGUUCCACUUUUAGAGAUGCACCUGGAACUAAUCCACAAGCAACCACCUUGAUGCUUGGAAGGUAUAUAGGAGUGAAGAUUUUGCAAGAGCGUGGAGAUUCUACAUGAUUCAAGGAGAAUUUUCUACCCUCCAUACCUUCUUCAAAGCCUUUUAUCUCUUGGAUUUUCCAAUAUCAUAUAUUAGAUAUAUUUUUUAUAAAUGUCUAAGAUAUUCGUUAAAGAAUAAAUAUGGAGAUACUAAUAAGGAA